AUGUCAAAUUACAGCUCAAACACACAGCCCGGCGGUUACCAGGGCGCUUCACAGAACUACGCCCACCAACAGCAGCAGUAUGGACAGCCAGGCCACACGUCCAAGGCUGGCGGCAUUUUUGGGCAGAUGAUGAGCCAGGCCGUUUCCACUGGAAAGCCGAUGGUGGAUAAGCUGGGGCAGACAUUGAGCUCGAAGCUUGGAAACAAACCCGCUCCUGGCCCUCCUCAACAUCUGCAGAGUUACCAGAAUUACCAGAGCCACCAGAACCCGCCAGGCCAAGGCCAUGGUUACCAACAGCCGCAGGCUCAGACAUACAGUCCCCAGCCGCAACAACAGCAGUGGCAGCAGCCUCAACAGCAACAGCCAACUCCGCCAACAACCUCUUACACUCCUGUACAGCCUUCACCAUACCAGCCAAACUAUUACUAUGGGGCCUCGACCGGUACUCCGCCAAGCCAGAACAAUUACUACCCACAUCAGAGCCCUCCCCCUCCACCACCAGUGCAAGCGCCUGCUGCGCAACAGCCGCUAAGCGCGCCAGGUUACAACACAUCUGAAUAUGGGCAAGGGCAGCAGGGCCAGCUCGGACAGACAAACGCUACACAAUUUCAGCAACACUUUCCGCAUGGGCAGCAGAAUGCAUAUCACAGCCAAGAAACUGGCUUCAUAGUGGGAGGCCACACUGGGUUGUCGCCACAGUCGGGAUAUCCUCCUGCGCCGCCAGUGCCACCGCAUCCAAAAAUCUCACCACCAGAAUCAACAGUGUCCCCAAGCCAACAAGCGCAAUGGGGGUAUGCACAGGAUCAUGCUCCACAUGUUGGUCAGCAACAACCUCCAUACUCGCUGGCGCCAAACACGCCAUCCCAACAAGAGCUGCAGCACCAACACCAACAACUGCCGCCAAAUCCGCCUGGCUCAAACACGCCAUACCAGCAAGAGCAAAGUCAACAGCAACAAUGGCGUCCCAUGUCACCUGCCAAUCCAGCAGACGAGGUGGCGAAUCCAAUCCCUCCAUCAAUAAGUCCUCCACUGCAGCACAAAGAUGUACAAGGACAGUUACCACCGACCAAUCUCACACAUACACAACCAUCUACGCCAGCCCCUCAAAGCUCUGUGUCUCCAGCCACAUCUACCGAGUUCACCGCUGAAUUACCCGCAGACCUGGGAAGCUUGAGACUAGGUGAUCCGCCUGUUGACACGAAAGCAGCCAAUCCAUCCUCACAGUAUCCGGUGCAUAGUCCUUCGACGCAGGCUGCUUCACCAUCCAACGUUUCUACAAGUCCCCCGCAAAAGGCCAGUAUCAGCAGUAUGCCGCUUGCAGAUCCUUGGAGUUUCGUAAACCCAGUCACAGAAACCCCGACCCGAGAAUUCUACAUCUUAGCUGAUCUGCUGUUUGAUGCCCUGGACCGAAAUUUUGAGCCGCGAAACUCUGGUUUGUUGGAAGCGCCCAAAAUUUUGGCAAGUUGGAUUGAUCUGCCCGAGGAUGCGCGCAAAAUUUACUCAUACAAUGGGUAUACGGCCCUUGCGCAUCAAUUUGGACUGGAAGGUAUUCCACACGUCAUGGUUCCUGUACAACCUCACCUCGCGCCCAUAUGGAACUUUGAUGAGCAGGUACAUGCUGAAGAGCUCAAGAUAUUAGAGCCGCCCUCUGCUACCUCGUCGUACGCAACGUAUAUGCCCGCGCUCAACCGCGCUGGCUGGUACAAGUUCUUCUUCCUCGAGAUUAUGCAGAACCCCGACGAGAUUUCCACGCUGAUGCCAGCACUCUGCGCAGACACGUACAAGCCUGGAGUACUCAAUCACCCUGACUUAAGCAAAAGGGACAAAUCCGAGGUUCAGGCUCUGCGAUCACGCGCCGACGAAGUGCAGACACUCGCGAUCAAGCGCGUGGGCGACGAGGCGAGGACCGCUAUGAUGCUUGAUCCCAAUAUCCCUGUAUCCAGUGUGGUGCAGGUGAGGGAAUCUCCGGCGACAUCCGGAACGCUAGAGCCAGGGUCGCCUGAGGAUAUAGCCGUGCGAAUGCAUCGAAUUCAAACAGAGCGGCAGUUCAACGAUAUGGCUGUGAGGACAGUACUUGGCGCAGGCAUCACGUUUGGACCAGCAGGUGGCUACUCAGGCGGUUAUGCCAGCUUAGUGUGA